AUGGGCUCAGAAGGAUCAAGUGUUGUGGUUCCGAGGAAUUUUAGGUUAUUAGAAGAGCUCGAGAGAGGAGAAAAGGGAAUUGGGGAUGGAACUGUAAGCUAUGGAAUGGAUGAUGCAGAUGAUGUAUACAUGCAAUCAUGGACUGGGACAAUAAUUGUUCCGAGGAAUUUUAGGUUAUUAGAAGAGCUCGAGAGAGGAGAAAAGGGAAUUGGGGAUGGAACUGUAAGCUAUGGAAUGGAUGAUGCAGAUGAUGUAUACAUGCAAUCAUGGACUGGGACAAUAAUUGGUCCUCCAAAUACUGUUCAUGAAGGGCGCAUCUAUCAGCUGAAACUAUUCUGUGGUAAGGAUUAUCCGGAAAAGGCGCCAGGUGUUAGGUUUCAAACCCGUAUAAACAUGAGCUGUGUUGAUCGCGAAACUGGUUUGGUUGAGCCUAGUCUUUUCCCCAUGCUUGCUGACUGGCAACGGGAGUAUACAAUGGAGGAUCUAUUGACUCAAUUAAAGAAAGAGAUGAUGUCUCCCCAGAAUCGCAAACUAGCUCAGCCUCCUGAAGUUGACAAUUCCACCCCGGCUUUUGGAAUGAGACUGAUUAGCAAGAUCAUCCAUAAUCUUGGGAUCAAAUUGAUCUUUAACGUUUAA